GAGGCGAGAGGGGAGAGAGGAGAGGUGUGCGAGAGGCGUGCGAUAUACGGAUCGCCCAUGCGGAUGACAAGCCGAUGGUUCCUAGAUUGAAGUGACCCUUUGUGGCACAUGCACACCCUACGGACUCGUUCAAUUUUGCUUUUUCCCUUGUUUUACUUGCAGUCGCUGCUGUAAUGGAGGAUCCACUGUAGUUAGACUAGGCCAUGUUGAUGAUACGAAUUGGUAUUACCAGCCAGCCUAUCGGGGUCAUUACUAUCUCAAAGCGGGCUUUGCUGGAAAGCUCGUGUCUCGACGCCCGGAACUGUGUAAACAGAUGUUUCUUUGUUUUUCUUCUUCGCGUAUGGGGCAUAGUCAGACUUGCCUUGUGAUCCACAGCCUUGGGGAGAGGUGGAUGCUUGUUCUUGUAAUGGCACUCUAUGUUCGAGGGUUGUGCGACUGUGGACUUUUCGAUCUCUCGGAAACUGCCAUGCGUUUGUGAGUCAAAGAGGAGUGCCAAAACAGUGGAUGUUGCAACACUCCCGACAUCACAAUCGACAAGAACGGGAAAGCGAAGGUUCCCGAAUCGAUGGGUAUCGGUAUGAACACGAUGGAAAUUUUUAAGAAAGUGCCAAUCGGUGACGCCUUCUCGAUCUCAAACCAGACCAGCUCUCCAUCCCUUGGCUUGGCUCCCUCUCAACAAGACGGGCUGUGUAGGAUUUGAGGCUGUACAGUAUCCUUGCAGUCGGACAUGUUGCUGGAGAGAGAAAGCAUUUAGCCGGCCUGCUACUGUAUAUCCCUCAUCGAGACACGUGCCGGAGGGAUGGAGGUGGUCCCGGACCAGAUGAGGAAGCAUACAAGAGAUCAAAGCCACGAUGCCAAUGAACUCUCCGCAGCAGUCCCUGGGAUGCCAAUUUCGGUGAAAGGGUUGCUCCGUUCGCGGUGAAUAUGCGUGGGCGGGAGACAGAGCAUUUCUUCCUUCACGGCUCGUUCGAGCGUCUCGCCGAGGUAUGCCUGCUGGUAUGAGGCAGAUCUCAGACGUGGCUGUAGUCCGUGGUACAAUGUGCAGUACUGCAGAGCACAGAAGAUCUAACCGCCCUAUCUCAUCGAAACACGUGCGGCAGAUGACUGUGAUUGGGGUGGGCUUGCACAGCCUCAGUUAGCGGGCUUGGCAUGCCCGGAAGUUCAGGUUGGAGUGAGGCCGUGAGGUCAUGGGCGCAAUAUUGCAGAACUCUGCUGCCCGCUCACUCAUCGUCUCCGUCGCAGCGCAUCGACUCGCCCACGCGUUUCCGAGAGCCAUUGGAAGAGGAUUGACCAGGAGUGGCACUGCGCCAACGCGACCUCUCAUCACGGCUUUCUCAGAGCAAGCCGCGCGGAACGGACAAAGAGCUGGAGUUGCACGCUGGAGCUUGGUUUGAGAGCUUUCGGGACGAAACACUAGCAGAUCAACCGAUCUCCUUGUCUGCUGUCGGCCAAGACUCUAAGCUCGUCAAUCAAGCAAGCAAGCAGCCCAGCACAUCGUCGAAGCUCCCGUCUCGUUACACACACAGGAGACGACAGAGACGUCUCUUCGUCCCCCUCCCCGACGUCCAAAACCAUGAGUAGUGAGUUCUCCCCGCCCGCCCUUGUCUUCCAUCGCCGUCAGCGCAUCGCUCUCUUCGCCGCCUCACCUCAUCAUCCCUCCGCCUCAUCUCAUCACACCUUCGCUGCGCCGACCUUGGCGUGCUCAUCUCACCUGGGGCGUGGUAUUUCCCGGCGAGAGACGGUGAUUUCUCGCGAUCAGCGCUAGACCGAGCCAAGUCAACCCUCAACUCUGUACGCCCAAGAGCCAUCGCCCAGCGCGCUUCUAUUGCACGCCACGGCGGCGAGGCAUCUCUUGGCUCCGUCUGUCCAGCCACUACACGCCGGGAACAAAGGUCGCGCGCCUCCCUCAUCACCGUCAUCACGAGCCUCAUUCGCCGCAUCAACGAUACCGCCGCCUAGCAACGUCGACUACCCUAUACUAAUGCGCCGUGUCGCGACGCAGGCAGCAUCAAGCGAGCCAUUCGCCGCACCAGCACCGCCCUCAGCAACUUCAGCACGAAUAAGCAAACCACCAACACAUCCUCCGACAUGCCAUACGAUCCGCGGCCCAAUGGCCACGGGCAGCAAGAGUCGGACGAGCGCACACCUCUCGUGAACCAGUCGAGUAUAUUGGGCAACUCGGCACGAUCAGGGACGGAGAGGGAAGGAAGCUCACCAUCAAAGGACUCGAGGUGGUAUGUCCGCAUCCCGAGCAACUUCCUGCGCCUGACAUGGUUGACGCUGGCGAGCAACUAUGUCAACGUGCUGCUCGUGGCCGUCCCGGCCGGUAUUAUCGUGGGCGCGAUGGAGUUGAACCCAACAGCUGUGUUCGUCAUCAACUUCUUCGCCAUUGUACCAUUGGCCGGGUUGUUGAGCUUUGCGACCGAGGAAUUGUCGUGUAAGCUUGGUCAGACAUUAGGUGGACUGAUGAAUGCCACGUUCGGGAAUGCUGUCGAGUUGAUUGUCUCCAUUGUCGCACUCCGCAAGGGCGAGAUCCGAAUUGUCCAAGCCAGCAUGCUGGGCUCGAUCUUGUCUAAUAUCCUGCUGGUGCUCGGUUGCUGCUUCAUCGCAUCGGGAGUUCGACGCGGCCAGAGCACAUUCAACGAGACCGUGGCAUCGACCAUGUCAUCGCUCAUGGCAGUUGCCGCCACGUCCUUGAUCAUCCCUGCCACCAUGUACGCCGCGCUUAGCAACAGCAGCAAGGACUCCGUUGCGAACAUCCUGAUCCUCUCGCGCGGAACCGCCAUCAUCAUGCUCAUUCUCUACGUUUUGUACUUGGUGUUCCAGCUCAAGACACACGCCCAUCUUUUCGACGCGGAGCAACAAGAAGGCGAAGAAGGUGGAGAAGGCGAGGAACCAGAGAUCCUCGGCCCAGUUCCCGCUACAAUCUGCCUGGUCCUGGUCACAGUUUUGGUCGCGGUAUGUGCCGAGUACCUGGUGGACAGCAUCGACUCCAUCGUGGCCUCAUCUGGGGUCAGCAAGACAUUCAUUGGUCUGAUUCUCCUUCCAAUUGUCGGCAAUGCUGCGGAGCAUGUUACCGCUGUGGUGGUAGCCUACAAGGACAAGAUGGACCUCGCCAUUGGUGUCGCCAUUGGAUCCUCCAUGCAAAUUGCUCUUUUCGUCACUCCUUUCCUGGUUAUCUUGGGCUGGAUCAUUGGUCAGGAAAUGACUCUUCAUUUCCAGGGUUUCGAAACGGUCGUCUUUUUCCUUAGUGUUUUGGUGGUAAACUACCUCAUCCAGGACGGCAAGAGCAACUACCUCGAAGGAUGUAUGUGCUUGGGAACGUACAUCAUUAUCGCUCUUGCGUUCUGGGUGUAUCCUGAAGAUGCUGGGGACAUCGGAAGCUUGGUCUCAUCUUUCUUUGGGAAUUGAGGGUGUUGUAUACGAAUAGCUUCUGGCAAAGCCUCGGACACAGACUGAAGGAACUUGAGGCGGUGACUGGGGCACACAUGAUCGUCCCGGCUUUGUUCAUAGGGGCAGAGGGAGGAGACCGAUCCCCAGGGUGUAUAAUAUGAUUGAGAAAAGAGAAACCAGUCGAA